AUGGGCUCCAGGUCUGUGUUGGGUGUGAGGUUCCAGCCUGACUCAAAGAUCCGUCACCUGAGCCCAAAGUUCAUUAGGGCCGGGUACUGGGUGACGACCUCCCCGCCGCCCCCUCCCAGCCCCUGCCGCCCCCUCCCAGCCCCUGCCGCCCUCUCCCAGCUCUUGCCGCCAACUACCAGCCCCUGCCGCCCCCUCCCAGCCCUUGCCGCCAACUACCAGCCCCUGCCGCCCCUUCCCAGCCCCUCCCGCCCCCUCUCAGCCCUUGCCGCCCCCUCCCAGCCCCUGCCGCCCCCUCCCAGCCCCUACCGCCCUCUCCCAGCCCUUCCCGCCCCCUCCCAGCCCCUCCCGCCCUCUCCCAGCCCCUGCCGCCCCCUCCCAGCACUUGCCGCCCCCUCCCAGCCCCUUCCGCAAACUCCCAGCCCAUGCCGCCCCCUUCCAGCCUCUUCCGCCCCCUCCCAGCCCUUGCCGCUCCCUCCCAGUCCCUGCCGCCCUCUCCCAGCCCUUGCCGCCCUCUCCCAGCCCUUGCCGCCCAUCCCAGCCCCUAACGUUCUCUCCCAGCCCUUGCCGCCCCUCCCAGCCCCUACCGCCCUCUCCCAGCCCUUGCCGCCACCUCCCAACCCCUACCGCCCUCUCCCAGCCCUUGCCGCCCCCUCCCAGCCCCUGCCGCUCUCUCCCAGCCCUUGCUGCCCCUCCCAGCCCCUGCUGCCCCUCCCAGCCCUUGCUGCCCCUCUCAGCCCCUACUGCUCCCUCCCAGCCCCUCCCAGCCCUUGCCGCCCUCCCAGCCCUUGCCGCCCCUCAGCCCUGCCCCCCUCCCAGCCCUUGCCGCCACCUCCCAGCCCCUUGCCUGCCCCCUCCCAGCCCUUGCUGCCCUCCCAGCCCCUGCCACCCCCUCCCAGCCCUUGCCGCCCCUCCCAGCCCUGCCACCCCCUCCCAGCCCCCUCCCAGCCCCUGCCGCCCCUCCCAGCCCUUGCUGCCCCUCCCUGCCCCUACCGCCCUCUUCCAGCCCAUGCCGCCCCCUCCCAGCCCCUACCGCCCUCUUCCAGCCCUUGCUGCCCCCUUCCAGCCCUUGCCGCCCCCUCCCAGCCCCUGCCGCCCCCUCCCACCCCUGCCGCCCUCCCAGCCCCUCCCCGCCCCUACCGCCCUCUCCCAGCCCUUGCCACCUCCUCCCCCUACCGCCCUCUCCCAGCCCUUGCUGCCCCCUCCCAGCCCUUACUGCCCCUCCCAGCCUUGCUGCCACCUCCCAGCCCCUGCCUCUCCCAGCCCCUGCCGCCUCCCAGCCCAGCCCCUGCCCUCUCCCAGCCCUUGCCCCCCCCUCCCAGCCCUUGCCGCCACCUCCCAGCCCCUACCGCCCUCUCCCAGCCCCUGCCGCCUCCUCCCAGCCCUUGCUGCCCCUCCCAGCUCUUGCCGCCCCUCCCAGCCUGCCGCCCUCUCUCAGCCGUUGCCGCCCCUCCCAGCCCCUACCGCCCUCUCCCAGCCCUUGCCCCCUCCCAGCCCCUGCUGCUCUCCCAGCCCUUGCCGCCCCUCCCAGCCCUUGCCGCCCCCUCCCAGCCCCCGCUGCCUCCUCCCACCCCUGGCGCCUCCCAGCCCUUCCCAGAACUAUCAGCCCCUGCCGCCCCUCGCAGCCCUUGCCCAACUCCCAGCCCCUGCCACCCCUCUCAGCCCCUGGCGCCCCUCCCAGCCCUUGCCGCCAACUACCAGCUCCUGCCGUCCCCUCUCAGCCCCUGCCGCCCCCUCCCAGCCCUUGCCGCCAACUACCAGCCCCUGCUGUGCCCUCUAAGCCCCUACUGCCCCUCCCAGCCCCUUCCGCCCCUCCCAGCCCUUGCUGCCACCUCCCAGCCCCUACUGCCCUCUCCCAGCCCCUGCUGCCCCCUCCCAGUCCCUGCCGCCUUCUCCCAGCCCUUGCCGCCCCUCCCAGCCCUUGCUGCCCCCUCCCAGCCCCUGCCGCGUCUUCCAGCCCUUGCUGCCCCCUCCCAGCCCUUGCCGCCCUCUCCCAGCCCCUGCCGCCCUCUCUCAGCCGUUGCCGCCCCUCCCAGCCCCUGCCGCCCCCUCCCAGCCCAUGCCGCCCCCUCCCAGCCCCUGCCGCCCUCUUCCAGCCCCUGCCGCCCCCUCCCAGCCCCUACCGCCCCCUCCCAGCCCCUUCCGCCCCCUCCCAGCCCUUCCCGCAAACAACCAGCCCCUGCCGCCCCCUCCCAGCCCUUGCCGCCCCCUCCCAGCCCCUGGCGCCCCCUCCCAGCCCUUCCCAGAACUACCAGCCUGCUGCCCCUCCCAGCCCUUGCCGCCAACUCCCAGCCCCUGCCUCCCCCUCCCAGCCCUUGGCGCCCCCUCCCAGCCCUUGCCGCCAACUACCAGCCCCUGCCGUCCCCUCUCAGCCCCUGCCGCCCCCUCCCAGCCCUUGCUGCCAACUACCAGCCCCUGCUGCCCCUCUCAGCCCCUACCGCCCCCUCCCAGCCCCUUCCGCCAACUCACAGCCCCUGCCGCCCCCUCCCAGCCCUUGCCGCCAACUACCAGCCCCUGCCACCCCCUCGCAGCCCUUGCCGCCAACUGCCAGUCCCUGCCGCCCCUCAGCCCCUGGCGCCCCCUCCUAGCCCCUGCCGCCCACCUACCAGCCCCUGGCGCACCCUCCAAGCCCCUGCCGCCCCCUCACAGCCCCUGCCGCCCCCUCUUAGCCCCUGCCCCCUCCCAGACCCUGCCCCCUCCCAGCCCCUCUAG